UCGAAGCACCCAAAACCCUCUAUACUUUCAGCGAUCGCCAUGGAAGCUCUAAGCUCCUUUGCAACCAUCCUCUCCUCCUCGCCUUCUCCACCUUCUAUCUUCUCCCCAAUGAGGCCUGACUCGCCAAGACUCGUACGGUUCCCCUUGUCUUCCAAAAAGGAAGGAAACGAUUUCGAUAUCCCAUCAGACCCCAAAGACUCCAGUAUCGUCCCCCUUUUCGGCAAUCACACUCUUUCCAAAGAUGCGGCGAUGGGAUUGGUCUUGAGCGCGGUUUCUGUGAGAGGUUGGACGACCGGAUCAGGUAUGGAGGGUCCGUCCAUCCCCGCCGGAGCCAAGGAUGGAUCCGGUACAGAAAGGAUCUCGACCUUCCCAUGGUCCCUCUUCACCAGGUCACCACGUAGGCGUAUGCGUGUUGCCUUCACCUGCAAUGUUUGCGGCCAGAGAACCACUCGUGCUAUCAAUCCCCAUGCUUACACUGAUGGCACCGUGUUUGUGCAGUGCUGUGGAUGUCAUAUAUUUCAUAAGCUGGUGGAUAAUUUGAACCUGUUUCACGAGAUGAAGUGCUAUGUGAACCCGAGCUUCAAUUAUCAAGACCCGAAAUGGGAUGAGGUUGGCUUCAAGUACCUUGAUACAGAGGAUGAUAGAAAUGAUGGAUUUCCCAUAUAAUGAGAAGAAUAGGAAAUUGCAAGUCCACAUCUCAGAAUUUGAGAAUUUGAGCACUUUGAUGGGAUGGGUUGAGUAAGCAAAGCUGCAAAUGGAUUUGUCAUGCCUAAAAAAUCUCGCACGGGAAUGUUACAUUGGCCACAUAUUUCCAAGGUUGGAAUGGAAAGAUGCUUCCAAGAUUUUACCAGUACCUAAUGGGUCCUCAAAAUGACAGGGACACACAUGUUCAAAGCAGCGUAACAAAUUAUUAUCUUUGUGAUAUUUUGUUACAAAGUGUAGAAAGAACCAGAACUUCCGUGACUGGUUUAUUGCCUCAACAUACACAUUAGAUCCGAUCUUUCUUUUAAAAUAACAAAUUCAAAUUCAAAAAUA